AUGGGUAUAACCAGAGACGUGUGUCAACUAAUGGAACGACUGGCGGUUUGUAUCACGCGUGCUGAGCCGGUGUUGUUGGUGGGCGAAACGGGUGUCGGAAAGACGUCAGUAGUGCAGGCGAUCGCAGCACACACCAACGUCAAUCUACGGGUUGUGAAUCUCUCACAACAUUCAGACUCAUCUGAUCUCAUCGGAGGGUCGGUCAUUGGAGAAUCUAUUUGA